AGUGACAACCCCCUCCUCUAAAGAGUGCAAAGCCUGAAAAGAAAAGAAAAAAGAAACCCAAGAGAGUGGGUGGAGGUCCAAAUCGUUUCGAUCGGUUAUCUUUUCUUGAUCCAAGUCCGUGGGCAGGCUGCACAAGUUGGGGUGUCCGCCUCUGAGGCUCGUUUGUCGGCCCUAAUGCGCGUUAACGUGGCACCGCAUGGAAGCAAGUCCGCUUCGUAAAGUUCCAACGGAGGCGGAUACUUAGUUGUGGAGAGAAGGAACACACACGGAGUCUGUUCGCCAUGGCUCACGGCACUACCACCAUCCAGUAUGAGCGACUGGCGGAGAUUGGCGGCGGCGCUUACGGGACCGUUUAUAAGGCCCGUGACACAGAGAGCGGUCAGUUCGUGGCUCUCAAAAGCGUGCGAGUCCAGACGGACAAUAACGGCCUCCCCACUUCCACGGUCCGGGAGGUGGCUCUGUUGAAACGACUGGAACAGUUUGACCACCCCAACGUGGUCAGGCUCAUGGACGUCUGUGCCACCCAGAGGUCCGAGCAAGAGACAAAAGUCACUUUAGUUUUUGAACAUGUGGACCAAGAUCUCAAGACAUAUUUGGAGAAAGCCCCAGCUCCGGGGUUAGAGCCUGGACGCAUCAAGGACCUGAUGAAACAGGUGCUGUGCGGUUUGGCAUUCCUGCACUCAAACCGUGUGAUGCACAGAGACCUGAAACCAGAGAAUAUUCUGGUAACCAGCCAGGGCCAGGUGAAGUUAGCAGACUUUGGACUGGCCCGUAUGUACAGCUGCCACAUGGCCCUCACUCCCGUGGUGGUGACACUAUGGUAUCGGCCUCCCGAGGUUUUGCUGCAGUCGAGCUACGCCACACCUGUGGACAUCUGGAGCUGCGGCUGCAUCUUUGCGGAGAUGUUCAAACGCAAGCCCUUGUUCUGUGGAGAAUCUGAAGUGGACCAACUCGGGAAAAUCUUUGAAGUUAUUGGUCUGCCACCAGAGGAGGAGUGGCCAACUGACGUGACACUUUCAAGGAAACACUUCCCCCCUUGCUCGGCCCGUCCAGUUACUGACUUUGUUCCAGAGAUAAAUGAGCAGGGGGCACAACUGCUGCUGCAAAUGUUGACGUUUAACCCUUCCAAACGAAUAUCUGCCCUGAACGCACAAGAUCACCCGUACUUCUGCAAUGAGGAGACUUUGACUCCGACUAAAAGCUGAGCGGCGACAACAGGAAAGGCGGUGCCACUCGACUGCACGGGCUGGUGGGUCGGGGAGUUCAGCCACCGCGUCCUGCGUAUGUCCAAGCAGCUAAACUGUCAAUCACGGACGCCAAGACAUGUCAGAAAAGCACCUGGGACACACUGGACUGCUUCCCCAGCAGCAAGCUGCCACUGCGGCAGCUCUUAUCAGCCCAGACAGAGGACAACACAGACAUAUCAC